CCAGGCCGCCAUGCAUUAUUAUAAUGCCUAGCGCACAACAUCAAGCUCUGCCUCAGUCGGAGCGAAGAAGACGGUAUCGCCAACGCCGCCGCGAGCGACGGCUACAACAGCCGCCGCCACCACCGCCACCCUCAUUGCAACCACCUCCGCCACCCUCAUUGCAACCACCUUCAGCACCUCAACUAAGAGGCCGGGGAAGAGGUCGGGGAACAGGUCGCGGAGGAGGAAAAGUUUUUGUGUGGAACAUAUUCUAG